CUGGAAGCGGAACAAGGGCCGCAUGCGCGCGGUGCUCAGCCCUGCGCGUUCUUUCCAGCAUGGCUGCCAUAGGAGUCCACUUCGGUUAUACUUGCGCUUGCGCUGCCAUAUUUAAGGAUGGGCGUGCUGAUGUGGUGGCUAAUGACGCAGGUGACCGAGUGACUCCAGCUGUGGUGGGCUACAGAGCCACCGAGCAGAUUGUCGGCAUCGCAGCAAAGCAAGGACGGGUCCGCAACGCUGCCAACACAGUUGUUAAAGUGAAACAAGUGCUGGGGAGAAGCUUCGACGAUGCAGAGACACAAGCCCACAAAACAGAGACCAAGUGUCAGAUGGUCAACAGACAGGAGAAGCUUUAUUAUGAGAUCACAGCGGGAGAACGCCCAGAGUAUGUUGCUCCAGAGGACGUUGCAAAACUCAUCUUCCACAAAAUGAAAGAAACGGCCCAGUCAGCUCUCGGCUCCGAUGUCACUGAGGCGGUCAUCACCGUCCCUUUUGAGUUUGGACAUGCUCAGAAGCGCGCUUUGAGGGAGUCAGCUGAAGCUGCAGGCUUCCACGUACUGAGGCUGAUCCACGAGCCUGCUGCCGCUCUGUUGGCCUAUAACAUAGGACAGGAGUGUUCUUCAGGAAAGAGCCACGUCCUGGUGUAUAAACUGGGCGGGACGUCCCUGAGUGUGACGGUGUUGCAGGUCAACGGAGGAAUGUUCCGGGUCCUCAACACCCACACCGACCACAGCAUCGGAGGAGAGAGCUUCACCGAGGCUUUGGCCCAGCACCUCGCCGCCGAAUUCAAACGCACCUUUAAGCACGACGUGAGCACUAACGCCAGGGCGAUGAUGAAACUGAUGAACGGAGCAGACAUGGCCAAACACUCUCUGUCCUCACUGGGGUCGGCCAACUGCUUUGUCGACUCGCUGCACGACGGCAUCGACUUUGAAUGCAACGUCUCCAGAGCUCGGUUUGAGCUGCUCUGCUCCUCCCUCUUCAACAAGAGCAUCCAGCCAAUCAGACCCCUUCUUGAGAAGGCGGGAGUAUCCACCAGUGACAUUAACAAGGUGGUUCUCUGCGGGGGCUCAGGCAGGAUCCCUCGUCUUCAGCAGAUGAUCCGCGAGAUGUUUCCAGAUGUGGAGCUCCUGAGUUCAGCACCUCCGGAUGAAGUCAUUGCUAUGGGAGCAGCCAUGGAGGCCGGCUUGCUGGUUGGGAAGGAGGGCCUUUCCCCAGAGGAAGAGUCUGUCACAGUGGACGUUUCUGCCACCGACAUACUAGUGAAGGAGGUGGAUGAAUCCGGAGCAGAGGUGUUCACUGUUCUCCUUCCAUCGGGCACGCCCCUCCCCGCCCGCAGACACCACGUCCUGAGUGGAGGGGGGGAGCUGUCCUCCCUCUGCCUGGAGAUUUACCAGAGAUGUGUCAAGGAGGAGCCAGAAAAGCUAGCUAAGAUUGUCCUGAGGGACCUGCAGCCCAGAGAGGAGAACCACGACAUCGACACCGUGGUGACCAUGAAAAGGGACGGCUCCGUUCACGUGUCCUGUGUGGAGCAGAGCAGUGGAAGGCCAGAGGUCGUCACCAUAGCAGCUGCAUCAUGAAGCCGCCGGUUUGCAGUCCAAACCGCACACACUUUCACUGCAAAUGUUUAGGUUUUUUCUUACUCAAUAAACAUAAUUGAACUCAAA